AUGGGCGGUUCUGCCAGUGCGCCCAUCCCCGGUGGUGGAACAUCUGAUUAUCAUGUACUGCGGGUUCAAGACGGUUCACCUGGUCAUCAAGCUGGUUUGGAAGCAUUUUUCGAUUUCAUUGUUGCAAUUGGCGAUAAACGUCUGGAAGAAGAUAAUGAUUGUAUUAAAGACUUAUUACAAGCCAGUAAAGAUAAACCUGUUCGCCUACUUGUCUAUUCAACUAAAUCACAAUCUUGUCGUGAAGUAACUCUCAUACCUAACAAUCAUUGGGGUGGUCAAGGUUUGAUGGGUGUCAGUAUUCGAUAUUGUUCAUUUGAAAGAGCUAAUGAAAAUGUAUGGCAUGUAUUAAGUGUAGAGCCUAAAUCACCAGCAGAUUUGGCUGGACUUAAACCAUAUACAGAUUAUAUAAUUGGCGCAAAUUCUGUAUUGAAUAAUGAACGUGCUAUAAAAUGGAAAUCUGGUAACUCUAUGGAUGGUUUGACAACAAAUGGUGUCAUGAUGUUACGAAUUCCUCCGGCUAAAAUUAUUGAACGAACAAAUCAAGCUUCAGAUCGUGAUCUUGAUAUUCGGUCGAAAUGGCGUGAAGUUAGUGUAUGUGGUUCUGUAUAUGAAAUGCGAAGCAAUCGUUGUGUACCAACUAAUCUGGUUAAUGAAGAUAAUAUUCUCACUGACAUGACAAUUAUUGAUCUAUGCGGAGUAACUUUAUUAUGGCGAUCUAGAUCAGGAUUGAAAUAUACUGCUUGUUCAGAGGAUUUAAUGAAAAUGAUCAAUGGAUUGAAUCAAGCUCAUAUUCAAUGUCCUGUGUUGUAUCGUACAUUGAAACUUCCAUUUUUACCUCAAAGUACACCUUUUUCACCUCACUCUGAUUUAAUCAAUAGGGACAAUAACAAUGAGUUAUUGAAUAAUGACAAUGUUUUAUCUAAACUAGAAUCAGAUCAAAUUAGUCCUGAUCAAAUGCCGUAUGUAUAUGUAAGCUGUGGUCAUGUACAUGGUUGGCAUAAUUGGCGUGCAGCUGGUGAUGUAAAUAGUCGUCGAACAUGUCCAUUAUGUUUACAAGCAUCAUUAUUUAUUCCACUACGUAUGGGUAUUGAAUCAGCAUUCUAUGUUGAUCGUAGUUUGGCUACGCAUUGUUUUAAUCCAUGUGGACAUAUUGCUUCAGAAAAUACUGUACGAUACUGGUGUAGUUUACAAUUAUUAAAUCGGCACAAUUUUGAAUUACAUGCAAGAUGUCCAUUUUGUUUAACAUCUAUACAUUCAAAACCAGUGAAAUUAUUAUUUCAAAGUGAUUUAUCAGAAGAAGAAUUUUUAGAAUUAAUUAAAGAACAAUUAUAUGUGCGUACAUUAAAUAUGGAAAAGCAUGAAACAUUAUCACGUUCUUCUAAAUUAAAUAAUAAUCAAUCAUCCAAAAUCAAUUCAUCAUCAUCAUCUCAUCCCAUUCAUCCUAAUCAUGACAAUAAUAAUAAUAAUAGUAAUCAAGAAUCUUCUCAUUUGUCUACUGCUGCUGCUGCUUCUUCUUCUUCUCCACCUCGUCCUCUUACAUCUUCUUCUCAUAAUCCUACUGAUCGUCUACUUUCGUCAUCCUGUUCAUCAUGUGAUGAUUAUGUGUAUGUUAAUGUUACUGGUGAUAAUGAAGUGUUAUCUCCUCCUCCUCCUCCUCCUCCUACUACUACUACAACAACAUCAUCACCAUCAUCAUCGAAUGUAUUAAAUCAUCCGUGUCAAUCAAUUGUCGUUGUAUUAUCCGAUCAUUCGAAUCUUCAUUCAAUGAAUAAAAAUCAUAGUUAUCAUUUAACUACAACUAUUUCAUCAGAUUGA